AUCAGCUGCAAAAGAGACAAAUGUCAAUUAAUGUCAUUUGUGUCAAAAUUAUCCCUUCUGUAUGAGUGGUUUCUUAUCUAAUAUAAUGGAUAUAUUAAAGAUUUUUAGGAUGCAGGAACCGGUUUCCAAACAACUUCUGACUAAGAGUAGCGAACUCGGGCAGUACAAAGAAGUGGUCCAAGAAAAGGACGUUUUGAUUAGGAACAAUACGGCUAAGCUCAAAGAGCUAGAAAACGAACUGAGCGAACUCAAAACAAAAAAUGAAGCUCUCGAAGCGAGGUUGAAAGCCUCUAGCCUGGAUGAGAACGGUUUCCAAGAAGUGAUGAUGGGCUAUGACGAACUAUUCAAGAAGGUGUGGGUGGAGAGACAAGGCUUUCUGGAUAAGAACGCGGUUCUGCUUAGCCAUAUUGAAAACCUUGAAACUUCACACGCUGAUUUGGUGGAUAAACUAGGCAAAGCCAAGGAAGUCAUCGAUGGUUACAAAGAGAAUCAGGAGAUAUUGAAAACAGAAUUAAAGGAAUAUAGGCAGAUAGUCGAUAUCAUGGAAAAGAGAUACGAAACUUUAAAACAGCACUCUGAAUCGAGGAUAUCGGAAGCCAAUAUUCAGAUCGACAACAAGGAGAAAGAUAACAUACAGGAAGUUGCUAAACUGAAGGCGAAGAUAUUACAAAGCCAGGCUAAGAUAAUACAGUUAGGAAAGCACGUGAAAUUAGAUACCGUUCCAUCGAAAAAAUCAAUGUUUGCUCCGCUAAGAAAUAAUAUAUCAAAAACAUAGUUUGUCUGAGAUGAAGGAGCUAUAAUUUGGCCUAAUGAAAAAAAGAUAAGUAUUCAGAGUCGAACUGGUUGAAAUAAUCGAAUAAACAUUAUCUGGAA